UCAAAGUGAACAAGAAAAGGGCACUCAGUAGACGACUUCAACAGUGAAGUCUUCCAACACCUAAAUCCCCAAUUCUUCCCGUCAAAGGGAGAUGGACUCAAUUAUGAGCAUGGAAGCUUUUGUUUCACUGCUUAAUUUGAAAGCCAGAGAAUUUCUUAUGGAACGGAAUGCUGAUGUGGGCAAAGAUAUAAUUAGCAAAUUACCUGACUCUAUUCUACUUCACAUUCUUUCCUUCCUUCCCAUCAAAGAUGUUUUAAGAACUUCUGUAUUGUCGACAAGAUGGAAAUAUCUUUGGACCUCUAUUUCCAAUAUUUAUUUUGAUGAGACUAGUAAUAAUUUUCCAUCAGGCAUGAGGGCAAGCAUUCGGGAUUCAGUGAAUAAAGUAUUCCUCCUCCAUGAUACUUCAAGUAUACAAAAGUUCCGUCUUAGGAGUAGAAGGAGUGUCAGCAGAUCACGUCUUAAUUCAUGGGUAUCGACUGCAAUAAGUCAUAAGGUUGAAGAGCUUGAUCUUGACUUGCCUGUUUCACCAUCCUUUAAGUUGCCUGAUACCCUUUUUACCUCUGAUACGCUCAGCAUAUUGAAAUUGAAUAUGGAAAUAGUGUUCAAGGUUCCCAGGUUCACACGCUUCUCAAACCUUAGAACUCUAUCUCUAAGGAAGGUUAAAUUUCAUGGUAACCAAUAUGCUGAACAUCUUUUUUCUGCCUGUCUAGUUCUCCAAGAGUUGGUUUUAUGCAAAUGCGUUUUGGUGGAUACCACGAGAAUCACCAUUUCUAUUCCUACUUUAAGGAAAUUGGAAAUCCGUCAUCCUCUCCCCCUAGACUAUCAAUUAUAUGGAUGUUGUGUCACAGUUUGUGCAGAAAAUCUGAUCUCUCUUAGUUGCAAAAGUUGUGCAGUAGUUGAACUUGUACUAAGCAACCUAUCUUCAAUGAAGGAUGCAUAUAUUGAUGAAGAAUGUUCCGGAUAUCAGGAUAAUGAAUUUAGUAGACGUGUUAUAGGAGUAUUAGGUGGAAUGCAUAAUGUUCAGUCGCUUAGAUUGUCAUAUGAUACCCUUCAGUGUCUCGCUCGUGAAAAAAAUCUUCAAGCUAGUCUUCCAAUGUUUCAUAACUUGAGUCAUUUGAAGGUGAUUAAGAAGAUGUACGAUUAUACAAAUGAGGAAGUGUUGAUGUCCUUUCUUGAGAAAUCACCUAAUGUAAAAACUCUUGAGUUACCUGAGGUUUGGGUAAAAAACAUUUUCCCUCAAUGUUUGAAGUCUUGCAUCAAGACUGUUAGCAUCGCACAUUUUGAAGGCUGGUAUAGAGAAGUUCUUUUCUUAAAACAUUUGCUUAGGAAUUCAAACGUUUUGGAGAGGCUUACAGUUUUUUGUGGAAAGGACUUAGCCAGAGAUUUGCGGAAGCUGAAUGAGAUCAACCAUGAGUUACAAGCAAUUCACAGUUGUGAAAUUGAGUUUCGUAAAGGUUUUAAGCGUGAUUGAGAUCGUGAUCGCAUUUUCUGAUAAUUUAUACGUUUAGAAGUCAUUUGUUUUGAUGACUGCAUAAUUGAAUAUCCAUGAUGUAUUGACACUGAACCUGGUGUGCUUUGGUAGCUUGCCUGUAGAAAAUUUCAGUACCUUGUUAAGUUCAUAUCUAUAUUAUAUUUUUAUAUAAUC